AUUCCUUUUCUGAGAUGAGAGCACAAGAUCUUCUUCCACCAACACUGACAGUGAAUCCAUCAGUGAUCACAGAGACAGGCUCAGUCACACUGAACUGUCAGACUCCAUCAUCUGUUUCUAUGUCUGAGUGUUAUUUCCGCACUGUAAGAGGAGGACCUGCCAAAAGGUUCUCUUGUCUGCAGACACUGACAGGAACCGAACUGCUGAAGAUAACAAAUCAAAGUUCACCUGCUGAGGUUAAAGUGACAUGUUUUUACCUUUACGUCUCUUCAUCUCCUGACAGUGACGUGUCCUCCAUCAUCGUCAGAACGUCUCUUCCGCCCAAACUGACAGUGAAUCCACCGAUAAUCACAGAGACAGAGUCAGUCACAAUGAACUGUCAGACUCCAUCCUCUGUUUCUGAGUCUCAGUGUUUUUUCUACACUUUAAGUGGAGGAACUGUCAGUGACUCCUCUUGUCUGAAGACACUGACAGGAACUGAGCUGCUGAAGAUGGCAAAUCAGAGUUCACCUGCUGAGGUUAAAGUGUUGUGUUUUUACACUGUAAAGCUUGGAGAGUUAGAUUCUCCAUCUCCACACAGUGACACAUCCUCCAUCACCAUACACAGUUCCAGUGUUCGCACACCUAGCACUAAAGAUAGCCCUUUUCCUGUAAGCACUCCGAAUAAAGCUUCAGAGCUUCUCGAUGUUAGAGAGGGAUACCCCUGCUCUGAUGAUAUGUGGUAG